GACGGGACUGAAAAAAUGGACCCCUCACUCGAAGAUUAAAAGCCAUUAGCGAUCGAGACAAAUUUUCACAGUCCCCUCCGCUCCACAUUCUCCGACCACCAGAUGGCCCUCCUUUCGCCGGAAUGUUCACGCCCAUUUCUGAAGGUUUUUGCGCUUCUACUGACCGUUACGACGGCGGCGGCGGCGGCGCAUUCUAAAUGCGAAAUCGAAGCGAUCUUCAACUUCGGAGACUCCAACUCCGACACCGGCGGGUUCUGGGCGGCUUUCCCGGCGCCGUACGGACCUUACGGCAUGACCUUCUUCAAGAAGCCCACCGGCCGCGCCACCGACGGAAGACUCGUCCUCGAUUUCUUGGCUGAGUCAGUCGGAGUGCCAUUUAUAAGCCCAUAUCUGAAGUCAAUAGGUUCAGAUUUCAGACAUGGAGCCAACUUUGCAACAUUAGCUUCAACGGUGCUGUUGCCAAACACUUCCUUGUUCGUCACUGGAAUCAGCCCCUUUUCUUUGGCCAUUCAGCUCAACCAAAUGAAGGAAUUCAAGUUCAGAGUUGAUGAACACUAUUCUUCUUCCCAUUCAAAAGGAUGGACACAACUUCCUCCACCCAAAAUUUUUGGAAAAGCUUUGUACACAUUCAACAUUGGUCAAAAUGAUUUCACCUCCAACUUAAAGGCCAUUGGAAUAGAAGGGGUUAACCAAUAUCUUCCUCAAGUUGUCUCCCAAAUUGUUUAUACCAUCAUGGAGUUAUACAAGUUGGGAGGAAGGAGGUUUCUAGUGAUGAACAUGGCUCCGGUGGGGUGUUACCCUGCCCUUUUGGUGGAGCUUCCACACGAAAGCUCAGACCUUGACCAAUAUGGCUGCUUGAUAUCAUACAACCAAGCUGUUAGAGACUACAAUGCCAUGCUUAAGAAACAGCUCAAACGGGCAAGAAAGGCUCUCCCUAAAGCUUCACUCCUUUACUUUGACACUCACUCUGUCAUGCUGCAACUCUUCCGACAUCCCAAGUCUCAUGGUCUUAAAUAUGGUACCAAAGCGUGCUGUGGCCAUGGUGGAGGGCCCUAUAACUUUGACCCAAGACUUAUCUGUGGAAAUAAGAAGAAGAUAAACGAGAAAUACUUGACAGCAACAGCUUGCUCUGAUCCAUAUAACUAUGUAAGCUUUGAUGGAGUUCAUGCCACAGAAGCUGCAAACAAACAUGUUACUUUGGCAAUUCUCAAUGGCUCUUAUUCUGACCCUCCCUUUUCCCUUCAAAACCUCUGCAAUUUCCGACCUCUCGAUUGAUCCGAUUGUUCUUCAAUAAAACCGUUCGAUGUGAAUAAAGAUUUCUCUAUUCCCAUCGAUCUCGAAAUAAGAUUUGACUAUAUGGAAAACGUUCAUGAUGUGUACGGCUGGUUUCAAUUAUAUCCUUUUUCACAU